AUUGUAGAUUAGAUUAAAUGUAAAAUAUUUAAUGUUAAAUUUUUAUUAUAAUUGUAAUGUGUAAAAUGUAUAAAAUAUAAGUAUUUUAUCUAAACACAUUUUGUGUCAAAAUGAUCUUUACGUGAUAAUCUGUUAUAAUGAUUAAUAGGCCUAAGAGUAGACGUAAAGUAUCUAAGGAGGAUUCCACAGAUUCUGGAUUUAAAGAACUGACAUCUUCAGAUAAUCCCUUACUAAUUGAGGGCUAUAAUUUAUUUGAUAAACAGUAUAACGAGAAUACAAUACAUAAUCGGAUAUGUCAUAGUAUAAAGGAAAGUUUAGAUAGCAUUUCAGACCCUCUGUCAUGUAAUGUGGUCUUCCAAAUAGGAAAAUUAAUGAGUGUAGUCAAAUCAAGAAGCAUAUAUUUACCAACUGAGACUGAAGCGGUUUUGGAUUUUGAUUUUAACAAGGUAAAAUUUGUACCAAACAUAUCAAAACAGUGCUUGGAUUCUUUAUAUUUGAACCUCUUUGUAAGUAAAUCUGACUACUGUAAAUUAGUACAAAAUAAUGAUUAUCUAGAAGUUGAACUUGUGUAUAAUACUAAAACUGGUAACUCUGACUCUAAAGUUAAUAAUAAGGAAGGGUUUUGUCAUUCAAUCAUAUAUAGAAUCCCGUUUAUAUUUAAUGAAAAAUUGAACUUUAAUGAUUUAAAACAAUAUACUUACAAUUAUUUGGAUAGUAUUAUAGUAUAUAGACCUCAGUCAGAUUACCAUUUUAAGGUUCAAACUAACUGUAUAAUAUCUGUUAACCACAAUGCCACAGAGACUAGAGGAUCAGUUUUGAAGAUGUUAUUUCGUCAUUUGAGAACUUAUAACACGAAUAAAUUGGAGAAUGUAAAGUUCAUAAAAUUUAACCUUGAAGUUGUCGACGAGUGGGAUAUUCCAAUUAAUGAUGAACUUUGUGGUCUUGGAAUUCAGGAACUAAUUACUUCGUUUUAUGAGACGUUUAUUGCUACAAAUAGUUCCAACUCUAACCCAUUUAUUGACGUUGAUAAUUCUGAAGAGUCAAAGGUUAAGAUUAUACAAGUUUCUACAGACUCCUCGAAGAUUCCAAAUAACUCACAGCUUUACAGACAGUAUAAAAGGUUAAUAGAAUCUAAACCUAACAGAUUUGGUUACAUAGUCUCACUUCUAGAAUCUAAUACUCGAAUGUUACUUGAUUUAUUCAAUGGCACACUGGUUGACUCGCAACUUGACACUCUAGAUAGAAAGGAUGAUGCCUUGGAUUAUUAUCCGAAUUUAUUUGGAGAUACAGCAGAGUUUGCACAGAUCCAUUAUGAUACUAGGAAAGUCAUAAGACAACAGGAAUCAGCAAUAGAAGCUUUGAGGAAGUACAAUAACUUGGUGAAAAGAGUUUUAAUCCUAUGUAAUAUUAAGAAAAACGCCUCAGUGUUAGAACUAGCCUGUGGUCACGCUCAGGAUUUGGAUAAAUAUAACACUAAGAAAAUUAGAAAACUCAUGGGAAUUGACAUAUCGCUGAGGGAAAUUAAUGAAGCUAGAAGAAGAUACGGUCAGAGGAAGAGAACACUUUCAUUUAACGCAGAGUUUCAUCAUGGGAACUUACUUGACCCUAAAAUCUACUCAAUGUUCAUUAAAAAUAAUACCUUUGAUGUGGUUUCAAUACAACUGGCAAUUCAUUACAUGCUCGACACUGAAACCUCAACUAACUUUAUACUUGAGAAAAUACACAAUUCUCUAAAUGAAGGAGGACUUUUUAUAGGCUCAACCAUCUGUUGUGAUCAACUCUCCAAAGAAUUAGCAUCAAACUUAAACAAUUCACACAGCUCCGAAGUGUGGGAGUUUGGGAAUCCGAUAUUUAAGAUAACUAUGGACGAGAAAUCAGUGGAGGAGAUAAAAAAUUCAUCGGAAAGCUUAAGUUAUACAGAGAUAAACGAGGUGUUAAAUAGUAAUUGGGGACUUAAAUACCAUUUCUUUUUAAUGGAAUCCAUAGACGAAAGUGAGUAUGUAGUUCCAUGGCGUAAAUUUGUGAAUUUGUGUAGUAAAAUCGGGUUAAAACUGGUGGAAUCACAUCCAUUUCAAGAGUAUCUGGAGCUGUAUAAAGCAUUAUUUGACAGUAAGAAACUUGAUUUACCACAAGAUGUGUAUGAGAACAUGGAUUACCAUUUCAAGAAUAUCUCGAAUUAUGUGUUCUCAAAUGACCAAAUGAGAGUGUUUUCCCUUUAUAAAAUUUUUAUUUUUCAGAAAAUUACAGGCAGAGAUAAGUUAUAUAUCCAAGGUGUAAAGAUAAAGAAAAGUUAAAACACUACAAAACUCUCAAAUUUUAAAAAAAUAAUUUUUUAAAU